UCAUCGGUCAACCAAUCAGCUGACCUGUUCUCCAACGCAACGUGCAACGUGUCCACCAAUGACUCAUCAUCAUGUUCUCCGGUGGACAAUGGACUGGGGGCAGGAAGUCCAUACAAGGCUCUGGAGAUGUUCUUCAUCGCCUUGGUGACGGGAUCUCUGAGCUUCGUGACCGUCACUGGAAACAUUCUGGUCAUGCUGUCCAUCAAAGUGAACCGCCACCUGCAAACUGUCAAUAACUACUUCUUGUUUUCGUUAGCCUGUGCUGACCUGAUCAUCGGCGCGUUCAGCAUGAACUUGUACACGGUCUACAUGAUCGUCGGCUACUGGCCACUUGGGCCGGUGGUCUGCGACCUGUGGCUGGCUUUAGACUACGUCGUGUCAAAUGCCUCCGUGAUGAAUUUGUUGAUCAUCAGCUUCGAUCGCUACUUCUGCGUGACCAAACCCCUCACGUACCCGGCGAGAAGGACCACUAAGAUGGCGGGGCUGAUGAUCGCAGCGGCGUGGAUUCUGUCGUUCAUCUUGUGGGCUCCCGCCAUCUUGUUCUGGCAGUUUAUCGCUGGACAACGGACGGUGCCCCCUGGAGAGUGUUACAUUCAGUUCCUCUCUAACCCGGCAGUGACGUUUGGGACCGCGAUAGCCGCGUUCUACCUUCCCGUCAUCAUCAUGACUGUCCUGUACAUCCACAUCUCCCUGGCCUCCAGGAGCAGGGUCUCCAAACACAAACCAGAGAAGAAAGAGAAGAAGGGAAUAAAGGCUCCCAGUUUGAUAAAGAGUCACCUGUUGAAGCAGAACAACAACAACGAGACCAGUCCUCAGGCAAGUCCCCGCUCUACUCCCAAACUCAGCCUGGAAUCCACCACCACCGCGGUGGAGGUCGUGAAGAACGGGCGGGUGGAGGAGCCGCAGGCUGCUCAGCCACACCCGGGGACACAACCCAGUCCAGGCCUCACACAGGAGGAAAAAGAGAGCUCCAAUGAUUCGUCCACAGCUUUCAUCCCCCCGACAGAACCGAAAGACAACGCCCACAUGAAAGUGAUAUCUGAGGCUGCAACAAAUCCCAGCCCGGUUGCCACGACAACAACCAAUCCUUCGACGGCCAAAAUGAGCGUCAGCUCGCGGUGGUCGAAGAUCAAGAUCGUGACCAAGCAGGCUGGGGACGAGUGCAUCACGGCCAUUGAGAUCUGCCCGCCUGUAGAGGGCGCCGAGAGGCACUCCAUCCCGAUCAGCCGGCCUCGCACCGUGGCCAGAAAGUUUGCCAGCAUCGCCCGAAGCCAAGUGAAGAGGAAAAGACAGAUGGCCGCCAGAGAGAAGAAAGUGACCAAGACUAUCUUUGCCAUCCUGCUGGCUUUCAUCAUCACAUGGACGCCAUACAACGUGAUGGUGCUGAUCUCCACCUUCUGCCAGUCCUGCGUCCCCGACACCGUGUGGGCGAUCGGCUACUGGCUGUGCUACGUCAACUCCACCAUCAACCCGGCUUGUUACGCACUGUGCAACGCCACAUUCAAGAAGACUUUCAAGAACCUGCUGCUGUGCCAGUAUAAAAACAUAGGUACAAGAUGA